AAUAUAUUCUAUCUUAUCCUAAGUCUAUAUCUAUACACUCAUUGCCUCAAUUUUUUGUUUGUUAUAUUUCAUGUAAAAUUCCACCUAAAAUAUUUUCUCCAUUUUCUUUGUUCUAUAGCUUGUUUGCAAUAUCAUAGGUAGAUCAAUAUUUUAACUAUUAAGUUCUCUACAAAGUACUAAGUGAUCGACUCGAGCGUCUAUUGGGAAUGGUCUAUCUAUCUUCACUAGGAGUAAGGUUACGUUCGCGCUACGCUCUCCCUAGAAUCUACUUGUGUGAUUAUAUUGGGUGUUGUUGUUUGUUGUUCUCUAUAAAGUAUUUAAGUGACUCGAGCGUCUAUCGGGAACGGUCUAUGUAUCUUCACUAGGCAGGGGUAAGGUUAUGUACGCACUACUCUCCUUUGAACCUACUUGUGUGAUUAUGUGGCUGUUCUCUACAAAGUACUUAAGUGAUUCGAGGGUCUAUCGGGAGCGGUCUUUCUAUCUUCACUAGGGGUGUUGUAACAUCAUCAUCAAGAUUUAAGGAACAAGAUUUCGAUGGCGGAUUCGGACAAUGAAUCAGGAGGACAUAGAGAGAACAACAGCAACAGUAUUGAGAGUUCACUGAGAGAGCAAGACAGGUUCCUUCCAAUAGCAAAUGUAAGUAGAAUAAUGAAGAAAGCAUUACCAGCUAACGCGAAAAUAUCGAAGGAUGCUAAAGAGGUAGUUCAAGAAUGCGUGUCUGAAUUCAUCAGUUUCAUCACAGGGGAAGCAUCAGAUAAGUGUCAAAGAGAGAAAAGGAAGACAAUAAAUGGUGAUGAUUUGUUAUGGGCAAUGACAACUCUUGGUUUUGAAGAGUAUAUUGAGCCACUCAAGAUUUAUUUGCGAAGGUUUAGGGAUUUAGAAGGGCAAAAAAGUGGGCUUACUGGAGAGAAAGACAAUGGUGGAUCAGUGAAUAUGAGUAGUAGUUAUGUUGAGGAGUAUGGGAUGAUGAUGAUGGGAGGUCAACACCAUCAAGGGCACGCGUAUGGUACCGGAGUAUAUAGUCAGGCAGCUGAGAAUGGUGCAGGAGUCGGUACUGCUGAGUCGCGGUUUCCUGAUGUUGGGAGGCCGAGGUAAUUGUGACAUCCCGGAACUACAAAGAUGUACCAGAACUUGAAAAUCGCGUUGCUUGAAUUGUCAACAGGUGAAGUAUGAACGUUAUAGCUAGUGAAGGACAUAAAGAGACUUUGUAAAUAUGUUUACAUUACAAUGUGGUGUAAACAUGGUAGUUUAAUGGAUUGUAAUUGUCUUAGUACACCAUAGUUUAUCUAUUAAUUGAUGUUUUAAUAACUUUUUAGUGUAACAAAUGGUUUACUUUGUUCA